AUGUCAGGUACAGACAGGAAGUUCCGAGAGGUGAGUUGGGAGGAGAAGAAGAGGAGACAUUUGCUGGAAGUGGCAGCAGAGGAGUUAUCCGUCUACAAGGAGACCUGUAUAGAUCACAUGAUGGCACCAAUGAGGAUGGAGGAGGACCGGAGUCACAUGACUGAGAAGAUACUAAACCUCACCCUGGAGAUCAUCUACCUGCUGACCGGAGAGAACUGUACAGGAGUCAUGAAGAAAUCUACCGACAAUGACACAAGAAGGAGACCUCAUCGUGAUCAUAUGACCAUCACAGUGCCUCCAUGUGACUCCCUAAAACCUGAGAGACACAACAUGCAGAAGAUUCUAGAAGUCACCAAGAAGAUGAUGGAGCUGCUGACAGGAGAGGUUCCUAUAAGGUGUCAGGGUGUCACUGUCUAUUUCUCCAUGGAGGAGUGGGAGUAUUUAGAAGGACACAAGGAUCUCUACAAGGACGUCAUGAUGGACAAUCAGCCACCCCACCACAUCACCGAUAGA